AUGGGCUGCAUGAGUUCGAAACAGGUCGAUGCGGCGGACGACAAAGACGCAAUUCAGCGGAAUGCUCGGAUCGACAAGACCCUGAAGAAUGACAAAAAGGUGAUGGACAGGACGAUUAAGAUCCUGCUUCUUGGUGCCGGUGAAUCGGGCAAAUCAACCAUCAUCAAGCAGAUGCGCAUUAUCCACUCCGGAGGAUUUCCUGAAGAUGAACGCCGCCAAACACGAGCGGUGAUAUAUUCAAAUAUUGUGGUUGCUUACAAGGUUCUCUUGGAAAUUAUGCGGACUGAGAACAUCGAUUUCAAAAGCGAUUCAACAAGACCGCUGGCAGGUUUUAUAGAUAACCUGGAAGCCGAUGUGGGUGUUGAGGAAGCAUUUUCCGAUCUUAAAGUUCGGGAUGCAAUGAACGAGAUGUGGAGGGAUGAAGGAGUCCAGAGGGCUGUUUACAAGGGCCAUGAGUUCGCUCUUCACGAUAACUUGAAUUACUUUUUCAAUUCGCUCGAUCGAAUAUUCGAACCCGGCUGGCUUCCAGACAACCAGGACAUGUUGCAGGCACGUUUGCGAACAACAGGUAUCACAGAAACACUAUUUGAACUGGGCCAGAUGAACUUCCGCAUGAUGGAUGUUGGUGGACAACGUUCCGAGCGCAAGAAAUGGAUUCAUUGUUUCGAGGGCGUCCAAUGCUUGCUCUUCAUGGUUGCAUUAUCCGGAUACGACCAAUGUCUUGUUGAAGACCAGAAUGCCAACCAAAUGCACGAAGCAAUGAUGCUUUUCGAGUCCCUGGUCAACGGGGAAUGGUUCAAACGGAAGCCCAUCAUCCUAUUUCUUAACAAGAUUGAUCUUUUCAAAGACAAACUCGAUAUUUCGCCGAUAUCGAAACAUUUCCCGGACUACAGCGAUUCGAACUCUGACUUUGAUGCAGCAGCAAAAUACUUUUCUGAUCGAUUCCGGGGUAUUAACCGGAUACCUGACCGAGAAAUCUAUAUCCACUACACCAAUGCCACGGACACAACACUGCUGAAGGCUACCAUGGACUCAGUACAGGAUAUGAUUAUCCAGAAGAAUCUCCACACUCUCAUACUAUAA